AUGAGGGCGAAGAAUAUUUCUCGGUUGCCUCGAUUGAAAAGAUCAAACAAAAUUGAUUCCUAUCUGGCCCGGCAGAGUUGGAGUCUAAAAUUGCAGAAAUGGUGAAUCAAAUGUUCCUUCACUCUUCCCCACAGUCCUCCCAAUCUGGUCGACCGUGGGGAUAUUUACUAUCCCUUCUAUUCAACGCCUCCUGUCUGGUAAUCAUAGGAAAACUGCUAUCGAAGGGCAGUAAUUCAGACAGUUUUCAGGGUCUCGGGUGGAGCAGAAAAGCUGCAGAGGAAGCAGAAGCGGCAGCACAAUACACUUGCUCUGGCCAUGGAUACGUCUUUGUCGAUACUUUCCAAGACGGAACUCUCAAUUGCGAAUGUAAUUGGUGCUAUAUGGGACCGAAUUGCUCCCAAAUUGAUCCCGAUUGUGUGUCAGACGCAGAUAGCGGAGAUCCUGGUAUUCUGGAGCCAUUCUGGAUUGCAAAUGCGGAAGUGGGAGCAACUGUUGUACCUGCCUGGUAUCGUAUGAGCUAUCAAAUUAACGACGGCCGACAAUCAGUGGUGUCCCCUGAAUUAGAGAAACAGAUUCGUGCCAUUCAUGCUCUCGUAGGCAACGCCGUUACACAAGGAAGAUAUAUUGUGCUCGGAACAGGCUCCACGCAGCUCAUCAAUGCGGCAGUUAACAGUCUUUCACCCACACAUGCUUCAAACCCUGCACAAGUAGUAGCAGCUACACCCUUUUACAACGGCUACAGAGUAUCGACGGAAUUAUUUGAUUCAGGGGACAAUUUGUGGAGGGGAGACGCGAGGGCUUUUAGAGAAGGAACAAAAUCCCUCAAUUCAACGACAUUCAUUGAGUUCGUAACAUCUCCGAACAAUCCAGACACUCUUCUGGAUGAGGCCGUUUUGAAAGACGAGAACGUAAAGACAGUUUACGAUCAUGCCUAUUACUGGCCUCACUUCACUGCAAUCUCCCGCCCCGCGGACGAGGAUAUCAUGCUUUUCACCCUCUCCAAACUUACUGGACAUGCAGGCAGCAGGCUAGGAUGGGCAAUUAUCAAAGACUACGAUGUAUACCAGAAGAUAUACCAAUACGUCAAAAUCAAUACGGGGGGUGUAUCUCACGAUACACAGUUAAGAGCAACGACAUUGUUAAAAGCAGUAAUAGGCGGUUACAGACAUCCUAAAAGAAUGGAAGCUAUUGACAGAGAAUCAAAGCAGAUGAUUUUCCACUACGCUUACUCUGUCAUGAGAUGGCGAUGGGAGAGACUCGAGAGGAUUUUUAACAUGUCUGAUCGAUUCUCACUUCAGAAUGUUGGACCUCUUUACUGUAACUUUUUCAGAAAGGUUACUGGCCCCUCACCAGCAUACGCGUGGGUGAAGUGCGAGAGGGAGGAAGAAGAUUGUGCAGCGGUGUUGGAGAAGGCGGGAAUCAUUGGCCGACGCGCUGAAGAAUUCGGGGCAGAUAAACGAUAUGUUCGUUUGAGCUUGCUGAGGCGAGAUGAUGCGUUUGCCGUGUUAGAGCAUCGCCUUCAAGCUCUUGUUUGCUACAACAAUCAUUGUGAAGACAUAUUCUCCUCCAACCAGCCAAAUUCAUGGCCACAAUUUUAGCUUUCUGGUCAUAUGGAAAUAUAAGCUGAGUAUGCGUAUGACGUGUAGUCUAAAUUGAAAAAUAGCGCAGGACAUGACAGCAAUCCUGGUUGCUGCAACGAUGCGUUGUAAAUUAAAAAACAGGGCAGGACAGGACAUAACAGCAACAAUCGUUGCUGCUAUUCAUGAAUUAUAAACUAUCUAAUGGUAUUUUAAACGAGAAUUGCCUUGAAAUUUUAAAUAAAUUUAAAAAAAACACUUGAAAUUUCUGGUGUAGGGUAUAUGCAGACAAGCCUCUUCGAAUGUACUUUUCUACUACAUACCAGCACACCACAUCUUACCUUCUUAUGUGCUACAUAC